CAGAUGAUACUACAUAAUCCAUAAUCCAUAGAUCUCUUAUUAAAUAACAGUGCUGACCAAGCUCUUACAAAGCAAACCAAUCUAGAACACCAAAGUUAAUGGAGAGCUCAAACAGGAGCAGCAACAACCAAUCACAAGAUGACAAGCAAGCUCGUUUCCGGGGAGUUCGAAGAAGGCCUUGGGGAAAGUUUGCAGCAGAGAUUCGAGACCCGUCGAGAAACGGUGCCCGUCUUUGGCUCGGGACAUUUGAGACCGCUGAGGAGGCAGCAAGGGCUUAUGACCGAGCAGCCUUUAACCUUAGGGGUCAUCUCGCUAUACUCAACUUCCCUAAUGAGUAUUAUCCACGUAUGGACGACUACUCGCUUCGCCCUCCUUAUGCUUCUUCUUCUUCGUCGUCGUCAUCGGGUUCAACUUCUACUAAUGUGAGUCGACAAAACCAAAGAGAAGUUUUCGAGUUUGAGUAUUUGGACGAUAAGGUUCUUGAAGAACUUCUUGAUUCAGAAGAAAGGAAGAGAUAAUCACGAUUAGUUUUGUUUUGAUAUUUUAUGUGGCACUGUUGUGGCUACCUACGUGCAUUAUGUGCAUGUAUAGGUCGCUUGAUUAGUACUUUAUAACAUGCAUGCCACGACCAUAAAUUGUAAGAGAAGACGUACUUUGCGUUUUCAUGAAAUAUGAAUGUUAGAUGGUUUGAGUACGUACACCAGCUUUCAUUGUUUUUAAUAUAUACAUGGAUUCAAAUAAUUCUUCCUUAAUGAGAUAGAUCUUCACUAAGUUACUAUAUAUGAU